GACUGACUGCAUCUCUUCGUCUUGCUCCUGCGUUCAAGAGAGCUCCAAGCUCUCUAGUACCACGUCGUCUCGUCAAUUUGUGCAUCGUGAAAGGUUAUAUAUGGAUGACAUUGUUGAUGCAUUGGUUCUCAAGCUUCACUCAAAGAUAUGUUAUCAUAGGGAUGCCAGUGUCGACUACCUGGAAAUAAAGACCACGGUUGAUAAACUCGUAGAAGCGAACAAAAAACUCAAGGAUGAGAAAGUGGACUUCCAGGAUGUCAUUAAUAUGGUCACAGAAGAAAAGGAGAAUUUGCAGCAUGACUGUCAAGUAAUCAAGGAGCGGGUGGCAAAAAAGGAGGAGCAACUUGAAACUGUAAAAAGGGAACUUGAAGAAGCAAAACAUGAACAUGUGGCAGCAAAGAAGGAGCUUGAGGAAGAAAAACUUGGCCAUGUGGCAACAAAGAAGGAGCUUGCGGCGGCACAACAACAACUUGCUCAAAGGAACGAAGAGCUGGAGAUUUUAAGGAAGAAGCUUCAAGAGAGUGAACAUGUACCUUCCAAAAGGGUAACAAGAUCUGCACAUAAACGGGAAAUGCUACUCAAAGGAUCGCUGAGCAAUGAUGCGGAUGGACAUCGCCCAAAGAAACAUAGGUCCUAUUAGCAUGCAAGCCAUACACUCUAAUACAGGUCGAGGUGGAACAGUGUGUCCUAGCUGUUGCAAGUGAGGAAGGAAGCCAUCAUCGUAGCAGGCCAUGACUAACACUAGCAACUAGCAAGCAUGCAAGAAAGUUACUAUGUUAGCUACCUAUGACGCUGGUGUUGAAUAGUGUUAUAAUCGCCAUUUCAUGUAUAUUUUAGAAUUUAUUUCAGAACCUUGGUGUGUAAAACAUUUGGCACUUUGAUUCGCGCUUCUACUAUAGUAACUGAUGUAUAAAUAUUAUAUGACUUAAUUUUAUGAAACCUUCAUUUAACGGUCCUUAAUCGAUUAUUCAGUGUCCUCUCAGUGUAAUG